UGCUUGGGUGAGCAUCUAGCGAUGUAGGAUGACGAUUGCAGGGCUGGAGUGAUGAGUGUUUGAGGAAUGAGGAGCGUAUACAGGGACAAAGUUGUGGCCAGGGUGAGGGAUGGAGAGUGGAGAUGGAUGGAGGUGAGAAGUGUUUAGCAAGAGCCCAGUGCUGGUGCAGCUCAUCCUGCUUUGCAGCAACAGAGGGCUUUGCGAUCCCAGCAUCUCCUUCAGCACCUGCUUCACGAGGGUUUGACCCCAGGGUUGGACCCUGCUACAGCUUCCCAUUACAUGAAGGAAAGCAGGCAGGACUGUGCCUCCUGACCCUGCCCUCCAACGCCUGACGCUGGCUCCUCACCCACUCCCUGGCCAACCAGGUGACUAUCAGACCUUUAAAACCCAAACAAGUUCCUCCACAUUCACUCUCCAGGAGCUGUCCCUGCUCCAGCUUUUGCGCAAUGAGCCCAUAUGAAAUGCAGAGCCAACACCUCCGUGUUACAUAGGUGUCCUGGUCCUCUUCACAGCUGGUGCUUGGGGCUGGGGCACAGCUGCCUCUGCUUCUGGGAAUAGCGGUGGAGUGCAUGGAGGGGCCCCUGCCCUGGUGCCCUGCAGCAGCUGGGAAGCUGCUGUGGCUGACAGAGCAGGGAUGUCUGACACCUCAUCCAGCAAGGAUGGUCUUCCAGCUGAGUGCCCCGUGUGCUACGAGAAGUUUCACCCGCUGGAGGCCACACACCGCAAGCUCAGCUGCGGGCACACCUUCUGCCACGACUGCCUGGUGAAGUGCCUGCUCUCCACCAAGCUCGAAGGCCAGGUCCAGAGCAGCAUCAUCUGCCCCAUCUGCCGCUACGUGACUUUCCUCAGCAAGAAGAAGGCUCUAUGGCCGCCCAAGGCAAGCACCAGCCUCCGGACACUGGAGAUGCCUCUGUCACCUUCCUCCUUGUCCCAUCUGACCAAAGUGGAGCCCAGCAACACCUUGGUGGUUCCCAGCCAUUUUGUGAUGCCCGUGCAGAGCUUUGACCGGUGCUGUAGCACGGGGACUGGCCAUAUGGACUCACUGGGGGUGCCAGGAGAGCUGGCACGGGAAGCCCACAUCUUUGUCAUCAGCAACCAUGGGAUGCCACUGUUGGAUGCAGAGUGCGGCUCUCUUGGGGGAAGAAGUAGAGCAGAAACGCGGAGCUCGGUGUCAUCCAGCUCAGCCCUGGGGGUUAAAUGCUGCCAGUCACCCAUCGCCCUCGCUGUCCUCCUCAUCUUGACUGUGGCCAUGCUGGCAGCUGUGCUUCCUUGGCUGCUGCUGGUGAAGAGAGACUCCUAGCAGGGUUGAGAUCAGUUUGGAUGCCAGAAGGGUGUCACUGGUGUUGGGACCUCUCUUAAAACGAUCCCUCAAGAAAGCCCAGAAGCAGCUGCAGGCAAAGCUCUCUCAUCUGGCCAGUGACUGACUGGACUGUCAGACCUUUCUGCAGAUGUCCAGGUGCUCGCAGUGUCACUGCUGGCAUUUUCUGUCUCUCUGGUUGAAAUACAGCAGGUCAAACCCUGCUUGUGGGUUCCUCUGGCAGCUUAGUAGAAAAGGAGGUCACUGCUCCCACACCCUGUGGCAGCAUGUGCAGAGGGUGAAGGGGCCAUCCUGGUCCCUCUCCUCCAUCCUAGCUCCUAGAGGAUUGUGACUAUGACAUCUAGGUAUCCAGAGCUUGGGGACAGCUGAGGGCUCUGUGAGUCGGACAGUCAUGCUGCCAAGCUGUGGAGCUUUGGGAGGUUCCCAGGCUUCUAGCUGGCUCUUGAGGUCAUCAGGGUACCUGUUGCAACCACCCUAGAGCAGAAGCUCAUGGCUUUCCAUCACAAAGAUGUGCUCCUCCAGCUACCAGGCAACAAGGGCAGCAAAACCAGAGGAAGGAGAGAGUGAUCCUGGCCCCCACGAGCUCAUUUUCCCCUCCAUCCCCUCUCUGCAGAGCAAUGGGAUGGAAAGAGAUGCCAGCUCACCCUCCUGGCAGUCUCAGCCUUGCCCUCCCUCAUCUCCCUCUGGGCUCCCUGGGGUGGUGUCCACUCUCCUGGUGUCACAGACAUCCCUGCUGUCCUGGGGAUCCCGGGACCACCAGUGGGAUGUGGGGCAGGGAGCUAAACCAAAGGUCAAGGCUGUAUAAGGGGAUGGAUUUGGGAUCCCACCCUGUUCUCCUCGCUGGAGCCCUGUGCCUUGGCAGAGUAACGGUUCCUCAUCCUUGCAUCCAGCUCCUGAGAGGUAACACCUGGCAGCUCAUUUUCACCCAUGCCAAGCAGGGCAGGCGCUGCUCAGCCCCACAUCCCACCCAGCUUCCAUAGAAUCAUGGAAUGGCUUGAGUUGGAAGGGACCUUAAAGAUCAUCCAAUUCCAACCCUCCUGCCAUGGGCAGGGACACGUCCCACCAGACCAGGCUGUUCAGAGUUUUGCCCUUUUUGGGACCAGUCCCACCCAGAGGAGUCUCGCAGCCCCUCAUCCCUGGGUUGAGAGGGGCGCGGAUGUCUGAGAGCUGUGAUGUGAGCCCCUCCAUGCCCACCCCCAGGGGCGGUGGGUGCUGCUGAUCACACCCGUGCUGGAGCUGCCUGCUGGUACCGUGCUCCUCAUGGUGUUCAUGCCCAGCUGUGCUGCCCAACAUCUGCAUGCUCACUGCCAACUUUGUCUUCCUGACCCAGUCCCUGGCCCCGUGGGUGCUGCUCUCGGCCCUGUCAUUCAGAAAUGUGCCCUGAGGACCUCAGCACUCCCACGGGCACCCCAGAGUGUCCAGGAGAAGGCUGUCCCUCACUGUGUCCCUCCACCACGUGGAGGGCUGGACACCAUUCCCUCGCUGCUGAAGCGAGGUGCCAAUUGCACAGCUGAGCAUCAGGAGAAUCACAGCUGGCAGUGCCACUGGGGCAGCUUUGGGAUCAGCCAGAACAUUUCAGGGGAACAAAGAAGAACAGCUUGGGCUUGGAAAGGGACAAGUAGUCUGGGGCAGAGGAGCUGAGUGCCAUCAACUCAGCUCCCACCCCUUCCUUUGGGGCCACGACCUGGGCAUGAAGCCCUGGCAGGGCUGCCCACUGCCUGGCUUCUCCCUGCGAUGCUGUUACUGCACACCCCCACGCUGUGCCUCAGUUUCCCCACCCACGCUCGGGGUGCAGUGACCCUGACCCCUGCACAAAGCGCUGGGAGAUCACCUGGAAAAAAGUGCUUGAGACACCUCACUGGAAUGGAUAUCCUAUUUCAUAAGGAAUGAUUACC